AAUUUAUCCAAUCAACCCUUACCACUUUCCUCUCUCUUUUGUUUGAAAAAAGAUGAUGAUGACAAAGUACUCUAGUUUGCUAAUCCUUGGUUUACUAUUCGUUUUUAAUCUUGUGAUUGCACAAGAAGAAGCACAGGCUCAUGUCGAUGUCACUGCAGAGUUUCCUGAUAAUCCCUUUGGUCUUAUCGUGAAUGGACAACGUAAUAAAGUCAUUUUGGACAUUCAAAACAAGGAAAAGACACCUUAUACCGUGUUUGCUAUUUCUGGUCAAGUUUCCAAGGUUGAUGAUUUCUCCAAAGUAAUUCGUAAUUUGACUGCUACUCGUUAUGGCCAAAUCCUUUCUGCUGGAUCAUCUCUUCAACUUCCCUAUCACUUUUACUCUGAGUAUGCUCCUGGUGAACAUGGUUUAACUGUCUAUGUUGAUUUAUUAUCUGAGAAUUCUAUUGCUCGUGUUGUUGGAUAUAAUGGUACAAUCACCAUCACUGAUCCAGAAGGUUCAUGGUUCGAUCUUCAACUUAUCUUCAUGUACUUCAUUCUUGCUGCUGGUGCUGCUGGUGUUGCUUAUGUUAUUCGUGAAGCCUUCUUUGGUGACGUUAAGAAAGUUAAAAAGACAAAGAAAGUCGAAGAAAGCAAUGAACGUCCUACCCAUCGUGACGAAAAAGGUGAAAUGGUUUUGGACGAGUCUUGGAUCCCUGAACAUCAUCGCAACUUGAAUAAACAGCAAUCUUCCAAGACGAAGAAGAGAGCAAGUGCUCGUAAAUAAGCCCAAUCACAAUGUACAAAAGUUAAUUGGUAUUAAUAAAUCAAAAAUGUUUACUUUCUAUUGAUGAAAUUAAACAACAGCAAGCUUCAGCUUCUUUCUAGUCUCUAUAUUUGACUGACCGUAAUACAGUGAAAAUUAAUCCUAGUUGACUAUACCCUCAAUGUGAUAUCUCUGAGGCGUCCUUUUGUUAACGACAUGUAAUUACCGUACGUGGUAUUAUUGUAUUUACCGACUACAAUUUAUGGAAGAAGAAAAAAGCAAGUUUUACAUGAGGAAAGUCUAUGGACGCGAAGUCCGUUUGUUCAAUAAGCCUCGAAAAACUGAGUGGAGGGAAUGAGUAUUAUCAAAUUGAGCGCCUGAAUUAUAUGAAUCGUUGUGAAGACGAGAGAAAAAGGGUGAAAGAGCCUGAUCAAUGUCUUGAAGAAGCGGUUCGAUGUGUAGUGUGUCGUUAAGGUAUUCAAGGUUCUGACAAUGUAGG